AUGGCUGAUAAAAAGUAAUAAGGUUAAGCAAAACCAGGAGUAAAAUUCUGGGAUCAACCAGCAAGUAUCUAGUAAGUGGAAAACAAACCAUAAGUAAUUUACAAGAAUGUAACGGAAUAAAGCAUUAAAGUAAUUUAAUAAAGUAACAGUUUUGAUUGAAUUCAGGGAUAAAAAUUAUUUAAAACAUACUCUGCAUCAGAUCCUUAAUGUGUAAGGAAAGAUACAGCCUAAUCUUUAAAAUUCUUACUUGCAUAAUUAAGAGAUUGUAUGUAAGUGCUGAAUAUAGUGACUUUUGA